AUGGGCCUGGACCUGGACACGGAUUUUGACGACGAAUUUAACGUAGUUAUUGCCUGUUUAAUCACGAGUACAUUGUCUACUUUCUUUAUAAUAUAUAAAGUUAUAACGAGUUUUACAAGACUAAGAUUUGCAUGUCUAAUAGAAACUCUAAUCAUACAAACAUGUGCUAUCGUGCACCUUAUACGAUGCCUCACAAACAGCAUAAGUACGAUUGCAUUUUGGAUAUUGGUUGCAUUAGAAAACGCAGUUUACACAACAAUUACCGUAAUCUUUAUUUUGGACAUGGGCCGAAAAUUCUAUCAAAACAUUUACUGGAACACACUAUUGUUCAAAUUAAUAUUGUUCGGCAUAGUACUUUUUAACAUUCUAAAUUUCAUUACCGCUACAUUUCUAAUAACCGAUGUGAUAAAGGCGGAGCCAAUAAACAUACUUUGGAUGGUGCAAAUGAUUGUGGGAAUCUUAACCAUGAUGUUAUCGUUCGGAUACACUUUUGCUCCAGUGAUAAUUUCACAUUGGAACCCAAAUAAUCCGAAACUACAAAACACCGGGCACAUCAAACCUAUGAAUGCUGCUGUAGCCACUUGGUAUCUCGUAGUGUUAGGCAUUCUAUGCUCAAUAUAUUUGGCUUUAUAUAUUGCUUCUUUUUUUGAGGAUGGAGAUGCAAUAGAAUAUUUGUCGGUAAAGACAUCAGUUGAUUCGAUUAUACGAACUGUGAUUACUGUUGUGCUUGCUUCAUCACCACCGAAACGGUUUAUUGAAAUUAUUAAAUCGAUAGUGAUUAAUCGGCGGCCAUUAAAUAAUUUUAUUCGUGAUCGUGGGGUUGUGAGUACUGGAAUGAUAGGAGAUUCUCCAUUUACAAACAAAAUAGAAUUGUCGACACUGGCGUAA